AUGCAAGAGAAUCUCCUUCAUUUGACAGACCUCAGCUUCGUGGGGCCUCUAUCCUCUACGCCGGCACAGGGCAAUCUCGACACAAUAGACCUGGAUCUCGUCGAGUCACUAGGCUCUGCGCUGGCGCAGGGGAAUCUCCUUGAUGUAACCGACCUCGAAUUCGUGGAGCCCCUAUCCUCCGUGCCGGCGCAAGGGAGUCUUCUUGAUAUGCCGGAUCUCAACUCCUUGAGGCCUCUCUCCUCUGCCCCUACACAGCCAAACCUUUUGGCGCAAAAGCAGGCAAUUUUUUUCAAACAAAUUUGGCGGGAUCUCAAUUGCAGAACUCUGAUCAACUCGCCUUCUUGA